ACUGCGUGACACCGGAGUUUCCCAGUAAAAGGCGGUACAUAUAGGAUAUAUUGCUGCGGCUGCCACAUCAUCUGUAAAUCGUCGUCGCAAGCAACCUGAGAUCGGAAUUAGCUGUGGUCUUUGAUGAUACUGCGAUUCACCCGUGAGCCUACGAAAAUGAAGCUGUUCCUCGGCAUGCUUCUACUGGGAACGAUCGCGCUCACAAGUGGCCAGACCGUGCUAUCUGAGAACGCUGGAGCAUCGGAGCAAGAUCCCAUCGGAUUCCGUCCGUUUAGGGAGGCUUUCAGGGAUCUCCUGCACCAGGUGAAGUUAUCGCAAGGACUGCACGAUGACGCUAUACAGCGCCUGAGAGCCGGGGAGGAUGUAAACCUGGAGGAAGUAAACAGCCGCAUUGAUACCAUUAUGUCUUCCCUUAAUAGGGAGGUGAUUCACUACUCACAAGAACUAAGCGUUAUGGUGCCGUUGUACGCUGCACUAGGCUCCGUUAAACACUCCAAGGAUGAUGGAGAAAGACGGCAGCUUGCGUUUAUGAAUCUGGGCAAGGCGGUUUGGGAAGCGUUUAGUAGUGACAAGGCCACCGAUAUUAUCGAGACACUGCUCUACCUUACCCUGGCUGGCGAGUUGUACUUCGUCGAUCUGGACGCAAGUGCGUUGGAAUAAAGAUGCCUUUGUUAUUGAA